AUGUGCGCGAUCCGCGACUCGCCCUUGGCCGAGCUAGCCUCCGUGGCACCCGUGCGCGCCUCCCCGCCCACAAUCGACAUCUCCGUCGACCCGCUGGACCCGUUCGAGCCGAACCCCACCAGCUCUGCUGAUCUCGACCCCGCCGCGGCCGGGACGAACGCCACAAAGCCCAUCGACCCGACCACGCCGUAUCCGGUCGAUCCGACUACGAACGUUCCCAGAGGUCCCGACCCGACCACCGGCGACGCCCUCACGACCAACCCCUUCACGACGACUGCGCCGGGCACCUCGGUGUCUUCCGUGACACUUGUCGGCAUAUCCAAGGACCGUCCCGAAAAGCUGCACGAGUGGGCCCAGAAGUUGAAACUGCCCCCGGGAAUGGUCUUUCUUUCUGACCCUGGGGGAAGGAUUGGGAAGGAGUACGGCGUCCAUUCUGCCCUGCUUGGACUUGCUACCACGCGCAAGACGGUUAUUGUCGAUAACGGGGUGGUCAAGGACAGUUAUGUCGCUAAUGUCGGGGUUAAGAGCCAUGCGGGCUGGGUUGAGAAACACCUGAACACUGUUUAA